AUGAGCCAUCUGUCCCAUGGGCAGCAGCAGCAGAGUUCACCCCCCCGUCAAUGGCGUCUGUACCGAACGGGAUUCGAGAUCAUCGACGACACGGUGCUGCUCGAGGAGGAGCAGCUCAGAGAGUUCAAGACUGGGCAGUUCUAUCCCGUUAAUAUCGGCGAAAUAUUUUCGUCCAAGUAUCAGGUGGUGGGGAAGUUGGGAUAUGGCACGACGUCAACUGUAUGGCUCGCAAAGAACUUGCAGGAUGGCAACAACCGGUAUGUUGCGUUGAAGGUAUAUACGCGCGACCACAGCCGCGCCAAGGAAUUCCAAGUCCUCGAAGCCAUCGGGAAGACGAACCCGGCACACCCUGACCACCGCCAUGUGAGAACGGCCCUCGACCUAUUCCAGCUUCACCGGUCUGGCGGAGACCAUUCUUGCCUCGAUCAACGCCCAAUGUGGGAGAUGUGGGAGAGCUGGAAGGACUUGCUGCGAAGAAACGAGAGCGGGCGCUUCACGGAGGAUUUUCUCAAGGCUGGACUCAGACAUCUCUUUAUGGCCCUCGACUACCUGCACUCCGAGUGCAAGCUGGUGCAUACAGGCAAGUGCAUAACGCGGAGACGUAUUGCGUAUACCACCAGCACUAUUGCCUGGUUCGGCGGUCCUGUGCUCAGCGACUUCGGCGCAGCGGUUCGAGGGGACGUGAAGCGAAAUCAGGAUGCACAACCUGCCGUGUAUCGAGCGCCAGAGGUGAUGCUUCAGGCUGAGUGGAGCUAUCCCGUCGACAUUUGGAACGUUGGGGCCAUGAUCUGGGAUAUUUUUCAAGGCCGACACUUAUUCUACGGAAGCGACCCCGAUGAUGGCGAUUACUCGACUCGAGCACACCUGGCAGAGGUGAUUGCGCUACUCGGUCCCCCGCCCCUAGACCUGCUGGACAGAGGCCAGCGGAGUCGAGAGUUCUUUACAGAAGAUGGCAAGUCGUGUCGGAUUGCGCAGUGCUUGCGGCAACGGGCUAACUUUCGUGGCAGGUGA